AUGGCGUCGUCUUUGUCGUGGAAUAAUGAAAAGAUUAUUAACUUUAUUGAUGCAGUUCGCUUGCAUCCUUGUUUGUGGGAUAACAAAAGUCCUGAUUUUAAGGAUCGUUUGCUAAAAAAAGAUGAAUGGACUGCUAUUGGGCUGCAGUUUGAAAUAUCUCAUAAUGAAGCAGUAAAAAAGUUUAAAAAUUUACGCACAUAUUUUAACAAUGAAAUAAAGAAAUUGGAGAAAAAGCAAAAAAGUGGCAGUGGUGCUUUUCAAGAAAGCAAUUGGUUUGCUUUUAAAAGUUUGCUUUUUUUAAAAGGCACAGAUGAAGCUGAUUCCGGUCUAGAAACGAAAACAAAAUCAGAAGUUGAUACGAAUGCUGAUGAUACGAUCACAUUUAACCCCGAACUACCACCACCUUCGAAGUCACCAAGUGCUAAGAAGAAAAAACCCAUUGAAGAUGAUCGUUGUCGUGACGCUUGUGAAGUUAUGGAAGCAGUAAAACAGAAGAUUUCCACUAAAUCAUUAGCUUUUGGAGAGCAUGUAAACCAAAAACUGUUAACAUAUAGUCAGUAUGUACGCAAUCAAGUCGAAUAUAAAAUCUCUUCAAUCUUAUAUGAAGCCGAUAUGGGAUAUUAUGAUGAAAGAAGCAGAAGCAAUGUUUCGGGAAAGCAGUAUUCUUCUUCACCCAGCGUUUCUUCCUCUUACCGCCAACGUGUAUACUCUCCUGCUCCUUCUCCUCUUUCCCACCAUGCUAUACCCACUCCUAGUCCUACGUCGGUUUACGAGGCUAGCAAAUCUUCUGACUAA